CCAGCCCCAGUAGACACCGGGAGCUGUAAACACUGACGUUACAAAUCGUUCUACAGAUGUUGAGUUGGUUUUUCUUGACGUUGAACAGGAAAAUUAAUGAUGUCAAUUCUGAAAGCGAUCUGGUGGCAUUCUCUCAGAUAAAAAACCACUAUAGUACAAAGUACCACAUAGAUACCUGCUUAUUCACUGCCGAAACUCGCACGGAGACGCUACAAGAGUUGUACGAUGCUGCGGCCAAAACACCGGUUUCGGCGAUUGCGGAAAUGGACCGUAUCGCCGGUUACAACGAAUCUGACCACCUUGGUUCGGAUGCUUUCCUAUGUACGCCGGUUUUGGGUCAAACGCGACGGAAACUCCGAGCCAAGGUCGACAUGGACAUCGAAACCAGACUGGUAAGUGAUGGUUGAUGUAUCAUGACACAUUUAACAAAUCGUUUCAGUGUCCUCGAAAACAUUAUGUUCUUCUCAUAUUCCAUUCAAUGUGAGUAGCUCAGAGAUAAUAUAUAAAGUAAAAUGUGACA